AUGGGGAGCAACAAGAGCUCUGCUGUGAAAGGCAAGGCUACAGAUCUAGAGCGCAUCCGUAACAACCAACGCCGCUGUCGCGCGCGACAAAAAGAAUACAUUGCAAGCCUCGAAGACAAGAUCCGUCAAUACGAAGGCAUGGGUUUUGAAACUAUAACUAAACAGAAGCUUGAGGAGCUUGCUUCAGAAAACAGAUCGUUGAAGCGGCUCCUGCAGGCCCUGGGAUUGCGCAAUGAGGUUCUCGACGCUUACAGUAAUGCUGUUCGAAUGGCUCCGGACAUCUCGUGGCCGCCGCUGGGAGAUGAUCAUGCUGUAUCCAAAUAUUGUUCAGCUCCCAAUCCCUCGCUGGACAGACUGGAGCCACACAUGCCACCUACUGCAGCCCACGAAGAACAACCUCAACAUACAGCUGGCCAAUCCGCAGAUGUUUCGACCUCGAAACGAGCAUUCUUAGACUUGGCGCAAAUCGAUGUACCUCUACCAUGGGAGUUUUCUGACUUUCAUGCUGCCUCCGCCUCUUCCCACAUAGAGCAAUUUGGUCAGGUGACUAUGGAUGCUUUGAUGACAGAAGCACUCAGCAACGCAGUCACUGCAGACGAUGUAUCAGACACGACCACGCUCUGUUCAUGGGCUUUUUCGCUCGUUCUAAAGAGUAAUCUAAAAGGCUACAGCGCUGCAGACUUGAAUCUUAAGCUUCGCGCUGGAUACAAACAUGGUGUCACACCAACCGAGGGUUGCCGGAUAGACAACAAAGUCUUACUAAAUGUCCUUGCGGAAAUCAUGUAG